AAAUUGUCGAUCGGUUUGACACCUGUCAACAAAUUACACGAAGUGAAUAAUCGUGACUUUCAAUUUUGUAUCAAGAGCCGGUGUUUGUUUUUAGCUGAAAAACGAUAGUUAGAAGGAAAUAUUUAACAAUGCCUAACGUUUCAGUGAAAGUAAAGUGGGGUAAGGAGACGUUCCCCGGUGUGGAGGUGAACACAGAUGAAGAGCCAGUUGUUUUCAAGGCGCAGAUAUUUGCACUGACCGGAGUGCAGCCGGACAGACAGAAAGUGGUCUGCAAGGGUGUUACUCUUAGAGAUGAUACAUGGGGCAACUUUAAAUUGACUAAUAAUGCUAUAGUGCUUGUGAUGGGUAGUAAGGAGGAAGAUGUACCAGCGGCUCCUGUGGAACAAACUCGCUUUGUAGAAGACAUGAAUGAGGCUGAGCUAGCUACAGCUCUAGAUCUUCCGGAAGGUCUGAUGAAUUUAGGCAACACAUGCUACAUGAAUGCAACUGUUCAGUGUCUCAAAACUGUCCCAGAGUUGAAGAAUGCGCUAUUGAAUUACGACAAAUCGUCAGGAGGCGGAACCGCGGGUGAGUUGACGUGCGCUCUGAGUGAUACGAUGCGGACAUUAGAGGGUGGGCAGGCGGGCGCGUGUGCGGUGGCGACAGCCAAACUCCUGCACGCGCUGCACGAGGCGGCGCCGAGGUUCGCGGAGCGCGGCGCCGGGGGGGGCUUCGCGCAGCAAGACGCCUCUGAAUGCUGGAGCGAGAUUGUCCGUGCGCUUCAGAACAGGCUACCUGUCGCUGCGCCUGCGCCAGGGGACAGGACAUCCAUAGUGGAGCAGUAUUUCGGUGGCGAGCUGGACGUGGAGCUGGUCUGCGCGGAGGCGGAGGAGCCUCCCUCGCGCAGCACGGAGUCCUUCCUGCAGCUGUCCUGCUUCAUCUCGCAGGAUGUCAAGUAUCUGCAGUCUGGACUAAGAUCUAAAAUGUCGGAACAAAUAACAAAAAUGUCACAAACAUUGGGCAGGGAUGCUGUUUACACAAAGACUAGUAAAAUCAGCCGCCUGCCAGCAUAUCUGACAGUUCAGUUUGUGCGCUUCUACUACAAGGAGAAGGAAUCUAUCAACGCUAAGAUCCUCAAGGAUGUGAAGUUCCCGCUGGACCUGGAUGUGUUUGAACUCUGCUCACCGGAGCUGCAGGAGAGACUCGCGCCCAUGAGAGCCAAGUUCAAGGAAGUAGAUGAUGCAAAGGUAGAGUCUACACUAAGUGGAAAGAAUAAAAGUCAUGGUGACUCCAGAAAAGAUCCUAAAAGGAAAGCAGUUUUUCCGUAUUGGUUUGAAAAUGACGUGGGCAGCAACAACAGCGGGCUGUACCGGCUGCAGGCGGUGCUGACGCACCGCGGGCGCUCCUCGUCCUCCGGGCACUACGUGGCGUGGGUGCGGCGCGCCGCCGGCUGGCUGCGCUGCGACGACGACACCGUCUCGCCCGUCACAGAGGAGGAGGUGCUCAAACUCAGCGGAGGAGGUGACUGGCACUGCGCCUACCUCCUGCUGUACGGGCCUAGGAUCCUGGAGAUCCCAGAGGAGGACGAGCCUAUGGUGACGGAGGCUAGUGAGGACCCCGCAGGACAGCCCCCCACCGCCCUCGCUUAGACCAACGCAAGCUGACCCUCGCUCACACAUCCUAACAACGCAGCAGCGGCUCUAGAAAUGAUGGCUUCCGUAGAUAUCUAUCGCCUAAUAAAUGUCUUACGCAUAGAAAGCUCAUUCUUAUUUGAAAAUAAUUUUCUGCACUCCGAGUCGUUAUUCGGUCAAUUCGGUCGGUUCUCUCUUAGUGACUAAGAACCUUAGGGAUCUACAGACCUUUCGGAUUUACAGAGCUAAGUGACCUAGGGACAUUCGUAACCACCAAACGACUCUGAGUAUGAGAGUACAUAAAAUAAUAUUUAAAAUAUUACAUAAAAAAUGUAUUCAACUUUCUACGAAUUUUACAAGCAUGUCAUUUCUAGAACUUUCGUUGGUUCCGUUUUUGUAUUGAUUCGCUGAUAUUGUACUCGCAUCUGUCAUAAUAAGUGUAUUUAUUUAAAUAUAAAAAUGUUAUGUGAAUAUAAUUUGAAAGAAUAAUUUCUGUUUCUUUUUACGUACAAUGAAUUUAAAUAGUGUUUAAGUGAGCUUUGGAAAACGGAACCUGAUUUUCAACAUAAUUUUCUAAAAAGCAUUUAAAAUGCUGUAUUUAAUUUUUGCUGUAGAAUAACUUGUAUCUACACAUGUGUAUUUUCAGAGGAUGAGAAAACUACAUGUUUUCAUACAAGUGUGUCAAAAGUGAAAACGUACGCAGAGACUCAUGUGGGCGCGUCUGUUAUCUAUUGUUCUAUAUGAUUCUAUUGAAUUUGAUAAGACUAAUUAUACUAAAAUGAUAGAUAAAUAAAUAUUAAAUGAUUAUCAAA